UGAGUGAGGAAGCCAGAGUUACUGUAGACCAGCUGAGAGGUGGUAGUGUUGGCUUUCGCUCUCCUUUUUUACCUCGCAUUCAACCACCUCGCAGGAUUUUUCAGCUGGACAUCAGUCCAGUGUACGAGAGAGUGAGCGAAGCUGGCGUAGAGUGGUGAGGGACAAGAGAAUACUCUAAUUGGAGGUGAAAUAAACAGGAAGUGUAGCUGGUCGCGGCUCUUGCCCGCAGAAGAAGAUUUCUAGUGAUUAAUAUUACAGUUUGAGGCCGAGUGAAGCCCCAAACUUCACUGUAAUGGCGUGUGCUGUAUGGAGCAGCGUGGCGCUGCUGCUCUUGAUGUUAAUCACAUGCCAGGUUGUGGGUGACAAGGCAGGUGGUAGAUGCGUGUGGUAUGGACAGUGUGGCACUAACCCAGAGUCAUUCACUCACGGAAAAGCCAACUGUCCCUACAAUGGUCCUCCCAAGCCUUUGGAUCCUGCAUCCAAGACCAUCCUGACCAGUGUGUGUCCAGAGCUGGUUGCUGAUAUAUUAACUUCAGGCAACCCAGCUUCCAACAUCAGCACUUGCUGUGACUCUGUGCAAUUGACUGCAAUGGUUGGACAGAUGAAUAUAGGUUUGGGCCUGCUGCAGCGCUGUCCUACUUGCGUGAGAAACUUUCGUCAGAUCUACUGCUAUAUGACCUGCAGUCCUCACCAGAGCAACUUCAUGUUCCCCAAGGAAAUCAAGAAUGCCACAGACACUCAGAAACCAGUCAUCACUGACCUUGAAGUGCAUGUCACCAAAAAAUUUGUAGAUGGUGUGUUCUCCUCAUGCAAAGAUGUUGCUAUGCCAUCAACCAAUGAAAAAGCAAUGUCAUUAAUGUGUGGACAUUGGGGACAAUAUUAUUGCACAGGUCAACGUUGGUUUGAAUAUAUGGGCUCUGUAUCCAAUGGAUAUGCACCAUUUCAGAUUGAUUAUGUGUAUCAAGAAAGCUCUAAUUCAACGUUUAAACCUUUCACCAAGAACAUCAUUCCCUGCAACUCAGCUGUAUCUAAUAACUCUCGAGCAUGUAGCUGUUUGGAUUGUGAGGCGUCGUGUCCUAAACCACCACCUCUCCCUCCACUGCCACAACCAUUCAUCAUAUUUGGAGUUGAUGGACUGGAGUUGGUCAUGGCACUCGUCUUCCUAUUUAUUGCAUCAGUAUUUGCCACAGUUUAUGUGUGUCUUUCGUGCCGCUCUCAAAGCGUUGAUAUAGCAGUUGAUACCUCUACUGGGCCAUCAUGGGCAGAAGAACCAAACUGCUUAGAAAAAGCUGGUUCUUGGAUUGAUGAUAUCCUAGAAAAGUUCUUCACAGCUUGGGGUACAGUAUGUGCUGAAUAUCCAUGGAUUGUGCUCCUUGUGGGAAUGGCUAUAGCAGUCGGACUGUCGGCUGGCAUUGUGUUCCUUCAUGUGACCACAGAUCCCGUUGAACUGUGGGCUGCCCCCAACUCUAGGUCACGUGUUGAAAAGGAGUUCUUUGACAAAAGCUUCGAACCAUUUUACCGUACAGAAAUGCUCAUUAUUCGUCCAGUUGGAGUGGAUAAGGUUACUCAUGAAUCUCCGGAUGGACAAGAGAUAUGGGGACCAGUGUUCAACAAAACCUUUCUUGCAGAGGUCCUCAAACUUCAGAACUACAUUACUAAUGAGAUAUCAGGUAGUGUGAACAAGAUAGGUGUAUACCUGGAAGACAUCUGCUUUAAGCCACUUUCACCCAUUAAUAACAAGUGCACCAUACAGAGCGUCUUGAAUUACUUCCAGAAUAAUGAGACCAACUUGAAUCUCAAUCACACGGAUUCAUUUGGUCUUGAAAUUGAUUAUCUCAGCCAUUUGGAUUCUUGUAUCAGGAAUCCUGUCUCACCUCUAGAUCCUCAGUUAAAUAUUCCUUGCCUUGGUGAAUAUGGAGGCCCAGUUUUUCCAUACACAGCCCUAGGAGGAUUCCUUAAUGGAAGUAGAGUCCUUGGACCCAACCCACCCUACAAGAAUGCCACAGCUCUGGUUAUUGUGUUUGUUGUCAACAACUACUAUGAUAAGGAGAAGAUAGAGAAGGCAAUGGCUUGGGAGGAAGCUUUUCUCCAGUUUAUGAAGAACUAUUCUCAUCCUAUGAUGGACAUUGCUUUCUCUGCGGAACGAGCGAUCCAGGAUGAACUGGAGCGUGAGAGUGAGGGCGAUGUAAUCACCAUCCUCAUCUCAUACUGCAUCAUGUUUGCCUACAUUGCUUUAGCACUUGGGGAGUUUACUCGCUGCAGCCGAUUACUAGUGGACUCGAAGAUCACUCUUGGCCUCGGUGGUGUUCUUAUUGUACUCGUGUCUGUCUCAUCAUCUGUUGGCAUUUACGGCUACAUUGGAAUUCCUGCUACGCUUAUCAUCAUUGAAGUAAUCCCCUUCUUAGUUUUGGCUGUUGGAGUAGACAACAUGUUCAUCUUGGUUCAGACAUACCAGCGAGAGUCUCGUCGUCCCACAGAAUCCCGAUCAGAACAUAUUGGUCGCAUUGUUGGACAAGUGGCACCAACCAUUCUGCUUGCAUCUUGCUCAGAGGCUGCUUGCUUCUUCUUAGGAGCACUGUCAGGCAUGCCAGCUGUACAUGCCUUUGCCCUUUAUGCUGGAAUGGCUCUGACUAUUGACUUCAUCCUCCAAGUGACCUGUUUUGUUUCUCUUGUGGCUCUGGAUGCUAAGAGACAGGAGGAAAACAGAUAUGAUAUUCUGUGUUGCAUAAAAGGCUCUGACAAGGAGUCAGACUCACGAGAAAAACUUCUACACAAGUUGUUCAAGCAUGUGUACGCCCCAGCUCUUCUCUCUCGUGUGGCUCGACCAAUUGUGAUGAUUGUGUUUGCUGGUUGGCUAUGUUCUAGUAUUGCUGUUUUACCCAAGAUUAUGAUUGGUCUUGAUCAAGAGCUUUCCAUGCCAGAUGACUCAUACCUUCAGAAGUAUUUUGAGUAUCUGGGUAAGUACCUAAGUGUGGGACCACCACUGUACUUUGUCCUCAAGGGUGGCAUCAACUUCAGCAACUUCUCUGAGCAAAAUAAGAUAUGUGGCACAGUCGACUGUAAUUCAGACAGCUUGUCAACCCAAGUAUAUAUAUCUUCACUUGUCUCCAAUAGAACUUACAUUGCUCAGCCAGCAUCAUCAUGGCUUGAUGAUUACAUGGACUGGUCUCUGUAUAACAUGCAAGAGGGAAGUGCGGGUGUUCCAUGCUGCCGCAUCAAGAAUGAUGGCUCCUUCUGUCCAUCCACUGAUUAUGAGUCACCCUGUCAGAACUGUAAUAUAAAAGUUAUGGAGGAUGGACUUCGGCCAGAUCCUGUCACCUUUAUGAAGUACUUGCCCUUCUUCUUAGAAGAUAUUCCCUCUGAAUCAUGCCCAAAGGGUGGGCAUGCAGCAUAUGGUCAAGCUGUAAAUAUUGCCCCAGAUGCUCAUAAUGAGACGAGUGUUGGAGCCAAUUACUUCAUGACGUACCACACCAUUCUAAAGAAAUCAAAUGACUAUUACAUGGCUCUGGAGUGGGCAAGAAAAGUUUCAAAGAACAUCACAACUGCACUAAAUGAGGGCUUGGAGGAGCCUCGCUAUGAAGUGUUCCCUUACAGUGUUUUCUAUGUAUUCUACGAGCAAUAUUUGACAAUGUGGGAAGAUGUUUUGACUUCCCUUGGCAUCUCUCUUGUAACGGUGCUGUUGGUGAGCAUCCUCCUGUCUGGUCUUGAUGUUGCCUCAUCCAUAGCAGUAAUAGUUACCAUCAUCAUGAUCCUUGUCAACCUUGGGGGACUCAUGUACUGGUGGGAUGUUUCCCUCAAUGCAGUUUCGCUCGUCAACUUGGUUAUGGCUGUUGGCAUAUCAGUGGAGUUUUGUAGUCACAUAACUCAUGCCUUCUCUCUGUCCAUGGAAGAGACUCGGCUGCUGCGAGCAAAAGAUGCCCUCAUUACUAUGGGCAGUUCAGUACUGUCAGGCAUCACAUUCACAAAAUUUGGAGGCAUCAUUGUCUUAGCCUUUGCUCACUCGAAAAUCUUCAAAGUUUUCUACUUCCGCAUGUAUCUUGGCAUCGUACUGUUUGGUGCUGCGCAUGGUUUGAUAUUCUUGCCUGUUAUGCUCAGCUUCUGUGGACCAAGGUCGAACAGGUGCUGUAUACAGAAGAGGCAAUGGAGUCGUAUUGCUGAGAGUUUCCACGGCUCCAUGUCUAUGAAUGAUGAAGUGCCUGAUCUUCCACAGCCCAUCAAUGUUUCAGUUGAUGACACUCGUAUUAUACAGCCCAAUAAUCAUUCCAGCUAUGGGGGUACAGACAAUGUGGCAUAUGCAUGAUUGUUUUACUGUACAUAAAUUUUAGUUAGUGUAAAUACUGCUAGUACACAUUGUUAUAGGUGAAGCAUCAUUUUGUAUAAAUAGUUUAUACUGGAUCUGACACAUUUCAUUAAUUUUUAAUGAUCUUGGUGGAUAAGGGGCUGUUGAAAGAGAAGCAUUUUAUACGUAUUAGUUUGGAAAGAAAGAUUUUGUAAGAGAAUGUAUUUAUUUGGUGAUUUUACUCUGUGGUUUGAAAAAGUUAUUCAUUAUUGAAAUUAGACUGCAAAUGUUGAUAGUAACUCAAAUCCAUAUUGUAUGAAAUCGUUUCGAUAAUUACUUUUAUGUAUAAAGACAAAAGUCAUUGUUAAAUAUGUUAAUCUGAUAUUGUAACAGUCACUCAAGUGUUCAAUGUUUAUUAGUUUACAAUUGUACUAAAAUAACUGAAACAAGUCACACAGUUGCAUAAUAUUUUCAAAGAAGCAGGAGGCUUAACUCUAAUUAGAAAAAACUAAAACCGAGCAUUGAAAAUAUUUUUCUUAGAUAUUGAGGCUGGAGAAGUGGCCAAAGGAGUAGCAGAACAAUUACUGACAGCACUUGCACAUUACUACCUAUAGGUGGUGUUGGCACUGUUGUGGCAUCCACCAGACACGGGUGUGCACAUGAUAAAGUUCUCAGUCUGUGGAUAACAUAAGAUUUAGUUGUUAAAAGGCUCACAAUUUCUUAAAAUUUGUGCUGAUGGUUUCAUCAUCCCUAAGUUGCUUUUGCCACUUGAAAAUGAGUGGCACAUGACUUUUUUCAUCUAUUCCUACCAUUUAAAUUGUUGCAUUUGUGUUGCACACAAUUUUGCUGGACCACUUUUAAUGCUUGGUCUAUUCCAACUUUGUCAUCAGUGUGCAAUGACUGUGAUGAUAUUUUGAUGUACCUAUUUUUUGAGAAUCUCGCAUGUUAGUUAACUAUGUGGAUUGUUGUAGAUUGUUUUUUUUCUUUGCCCUCUCAUAUAGUCAUGAUCAUAUACUGUAUGUUUUUUGAAAGUAACUGUGUGUAUGUACACUGUACUAUGUUGGGUUAAGGUAAAACUUCAAAGAUUGCUCAUUCAUUACCAAGAUAAAGGCAAAUACUAAUCAUAUUUAUAAAAUUACUCUUGCAGUUAUUACAAUUUGAAAUUGACACUUUACAGCUGUUUAUCUAAAUUUCUUAGAGCUGCUUUAAGUUAAUGUAGGUGUUGACUUUUGAGAGUUUGAAAAUUAGGUAACAAGCAUUUUAUAUGUACCAUUGUGAUGGUUUCAGCACAUAAUACAGUACUGCUUUAACAUGUUAAGGGCAUUCACAGUUUGUAUUUGUUGUGAUAGUUCAGUAUUACUGCUGCUGCUUCAAACAAGAUUUUCCAUAGUCUUGUAACUUUUAGUAAACUAAACUAAUAAUAUAAUCAAAUUAAGCCUAAAACUGUAGUAAACUAGUAUGAGCAACCAAAGAUUGAUGAAUGUUUUGUUUCAUAUUGCUUGUUUAGUAGUAAUCACAAGAACUGGCCAUGCUGAAAGAACUUAACAAGAAAAUUAGAGGGUGUUUAAAACUAAAAUGAGACAAGGACAGAGGAAUGAUGAGGAUUAUUAUUAUUAUAAUCAAGGGGGAAGCGCUAAACCCGGAGGAUUAUACAGCGCCUGGGGGGGGAUGUGGAAGGCAUUCAGGCUUAAUUCGGGGAACUGGAGCACAGAUCCAAUUCCCUAAAUCAAGAGCCCCUCACCAACAUCAAGGAACCUUCCUUGAGGGGACCAGGAAUGAUGAGGAAAGUGCUUGAAAGGUACUUGCCUGUGUGGUUGUAGGGGAGGGUCUGACCCUACCAGUAAAUCUUUGUAUAAACUGAGUAAAGCAGAAUAUUUAAUUAUUAUUGGUAUAUUCAUGAUCUUUUAGAUCUAGAUGUCGUCAGAAUUUUUUUGUCGUGAAUUUAUUUUGCCUUGUGUGCUUGUGUUCACCCUACUUUUGCUCUAAUUUCAACAUUCCUUUGCCAUACAUUUCUAGCCAUCUACAGUUUCACUGAGCUGUACAGGUCCUCUGCCUCAGAAUUAAAGCUACUCUGAAUUGCUACUGUUUGAUCAUGGCACCUUAAACCUCAUCUUCCUACCAGACAUGAGGACACUACAAAUUUUGCUGUAAUUUUACUUUAGUUUCUGGUGGAAGGACGAGGUUUAAGGCGCCAUGAUCAUUAGUGGCGACACAGAAUAGCAUUUAUUCACAGUCAGAGAAACUGUAAAGCUUAACUUCUGAAAUUGUACAUGGCAGUUUCUACAGGUAUCAGUUAGUUUCUUAGCCAUAUACUCCUCUCAUGCCCAUGCUGCUAAGAUGCUUAACAUUGAGAUCAGUUGUUGUUAAUAUGCACUCUACUUGGUAUGGUAAUGCAUUCACACAACACUGUAAAUUCAGGGAAUAUUGGAGACUAAACCCCUUCUUUCUCAUCCUAGGGAAAUUCAGAUUAUUCAUAUUGCUCUUGUCCACUUUCUAACCUUAGUAGGUUUAGUGUUUCUUAUUUAUUAUAAUCUUCCCCACUUCCAUGUGCAAAAGCUCAAUUACCUACCAUAACCUCAUGCUGCCUCUUUUUUAACCACUUCCAUUCUCAUUCCAGUUCAUCUCUUAAUUGUCUAUCAGCAGGCACACACUCCAUUUCCAGCAUCCCCUCCACUUAACACAAUUAUUUGACCACCUUGCUAAAAGUCCCACCUUUGAUGCAGACUCCCUUGUGACUUUUUAACAAAAUAAACUUGCUGCAACAACUUUAUAUUUUAUUUUAGUAACCCACUACCCCUGCUAACCUUAGUCCUUGCGCAUGCACACACAUGUGCAUACUCCCUCGUUUCUGAUAUCUACAUGUUCCGCACCCCUCAAGGAAGGCUCCUUGACGCUGGUGAGGGGCUCUUGAUCUAGGGAAUUGGAUCUGUGCUCCAGUUCCCUGAAUUAAGCCUGAAUGCCUUCCAUCCCCCCAUAGGCACUGUAUAAUCCUACGGGUUUAGUGCUUCCCCCUUGAUUAUAAUAAUAAUACAUGUUCCGCAGCGCUGUAUAGCCCUUGUGGCUUAGUGCUUCUUUUUGAUUAUAAUAAUAAUAAUAAUAAUAAUCUA